UGCUGUCAAUAACUAGUUAGUCCCAGUAAUUUUGUUUGGAUUGUUAUGAGAGGUUACAUAAUGAAUCUUAUACUAUAACUAACAUGCUCCUUAAAACGAACGCCACUCUUAUAGGUUUGAAGUUUGCACAUGAACAAGACACUAUGAGCUUAUACCAACGGGAAUUAUCGGGAUUCGAACAACAAAUACCUCUGUCACGGGAAGACUCUCAAAGAUGAUAAUAUGGUGAAUGAACUGAAUGGGAGCCACAUUACAUGAAUGAUCACCGAAGAUUGGAAUGAUUGAACGAUUGAUCAUGCAACUUGGAUUUCCAAUCGAUCAGUUGGUGAAGCUUCAAAAUUGGGUGACCGAUAACGUAAUUUGGCAGAUGAGAGGGAACAGCGACGGGAAGAUUCCCACAUUAGCGACAAAAGUGAGAAUGACACACCCAUUUUUAAUAUAUUCAUGAAAGUACGGCGGCGAAGAAGGAGAAGAAGAAGAAGAAGAAUUCGUGGUGGGAGGGAAGAAGGUGGCGACGUGUCCGUCGGAUAGCGACAGACAGUUGAGCCGGCGGGGGGUGGUCGUCGUGUUUCCAUGGCUACCAGCCACCCUGCUUUUUGGCGGCGGGUCCCAUUCCCCACCGCGCGACGGCAGAUCCCGCGUUCUGAUACGCCACGUUACCCACCGGGCGGCUGCCGCAUUUUGGGCCCACUAGGCAAUAGAGUGCAGUAGACCCAUUUAUCCUUUUUCAAACUUGGGCCCAAUAGCGGGCCGCUUUCAUUUUCUUUAAUUCUUUUCCCUUUUUUCUAUAUUACUAUAAUAAAUUGACAGCUGUUUCUUUCAUUUUGGAGAGUAUUUUAGUUUUAGCGGUAUUUAUAUGACUAACACUUCCUACUUCCUAGAUAAAGUAUUGGCUAAUGGCUGUUGAGAGAUGAUAAUUUUAUUCCUAAUCACGAUUAAUUGUGGCAUUGAAGAUAUCCCAUUAGUGGAUAACAACCGACGAAGCAACUAUCUCUCCACCAUAUAACCACCAAAAUGCUGCGAGAAAAACAACAAUUCUUGGUGGAGGAUUACUCGUUAAUGCAUAUAGCUAGCGUUUGUUUUGUUUUUGCCGGCUUUUCUUUUUUCCUUCUUAGUGGACUUUUUGUUGCCCACUCGAGAUGACAGCUUUUCCUAGCUCCUCCCAUUCUCACAACCACGAGUUUGGGAUUACUAUACCUGAUGGUUGAUUGAUCUCAGUUGGAUCGAAUGCGGUGAAGAUUGUAUAGGGUUGAUUGAUCUCAGCUGGAUCGAAUGUGAUUGAAAUCGUGCCAAAGUAUUGAUUAUGAAUUAUCAAAUGUGUCAUCCAACAAGUUGAAGAUAUAUUUUCAGCUGCCUUUCAUAAGAAGUGCAGUUUUAAGUGAUGGAAUACAAGUUAAGUGUAUCGAGAUUAGUAUAAAAUGAGUAAAUUUGAAGGUCGAUGUGACUCCUUAAAAAAUGUUGAUUACCAUAAUUUCCCCCCAAAUGAAAUUUGAAUGCCUAAGUAGAACUUGUUUAGCAUCCUAAUUCCUAAACAGAUACAAUAAAAUAAAAGUUACUGCCUGGAUUUCGGCGCUAAAAAAACGUUACUAUUAAGAGGGGAAAAAAUUAAACAAAAAUUAGAAUUCACGCGAAGGGUCCGGCCGAAAGUUCUGGUGGUGCGAGAGGUAGAAGAUAAAAGGUGAAGUGGUCGGAGCGACACGGUGGCGGUGCUGGCGACGGAAGUUUAGAAGAUGGGGCGAUUGUUUCUGGUGGAACUGGAAGGCAGGUGCUACCGCUGCAGAUUCUGCGACACCCCUCUCGCUCUUGCCGACGACGUUAUUUCGCGGACGUUCAAUUGUAGACAAGGGAGGGCGUACUUGUUCAGCAACGUAGUGAAUGUAACAGUGGGAAUGACAGAGGAAAGGGUGAUGCUUUCUGGUACCCAUACAGUGGAAGACGUCUUCUGCUGCCGCUGUGGACAAAUCCUCGGGUGGACUUAUGUAGCUUCGCACGAUAAGAGCCAGAAGUACAAGGAAGGGAAGUUUGUUCUUGAGAGGUGGAGGAUAGCAGAGGAGGUAACUGAGGAAUUGAGUCUCAAUGGAGGUCAUCAUGGUUCGAGCGAUCCGGACAACUCGUGAGAUGAUUAGUCGACUAUGCUGCAGAAUCCAGUAACCUCACCACCACGACUAGUGACACGAUGGUUAGUAGUGCAGAAAGUUUUGUUUAUAAUCAUAAAGUUAUUCCCCCCUAUGAUGUUGUAUGUUAAAGUACAAGCACCCUGUAUGUUAAAACGCUCAGGUUCUUGCUUGAGUGCAGACUUCUGCUGAUCCCUGGAAGGGCACUAGUCUAUGUAGCCAUCCCAUGGCCCUUCAAAACCAUAAUAAUUGAGUGGAAAUGGUGCUUCCCUCAUUAUGAGACCACAUCCAGACAUCAAUAUAACUUCUCAUGUUGGCUUUGAAUGUUCCUUUUCUUUUGUAAGUUCUGAUUGAAUCUUAAUCCUUGAUGGAGGGUUCCCUUAUCCCGUAAUGCUCGAUACCUCCAACGGUUGUGGCCAAUUCGUUCCGGAUUUCAGUUUCGUUGGACAUUAAGAACUGUCCAAAUGCACGGAACGGAACUGUUUAUUAAGAUGGAAGAAUGAAUCUUGCUUAGCCAGAGACUAGUAAUUUUGAUUUACGUUUCGUUCUAUCUGAAAACCGAAACCGAAUUUCCAGCCCUAUGAACCUCCAUGUUGGUUGUAUGGACUAAUAUCCAAGCUCCGAUUGACUUUCCAUCACCAAACAUUAGCAAGCAAAGCAAUGCUACCGACAAUGGUUGCAUUCAUCUACGGCUGGAUUUCUAGCGGGCAUCCCAUUGGACAAUAAUGCUGUAGAGUGAAGAAAAAGUUCAAAGAAACCAGUUGGCAAACGUGGGUUUGGAUAUUGCCACCAUGAAUUAUUGAGCUAAAAAAAACAAAAGAACAGGAGGAUUUAUUAAGAUAGGAUAGCAUAGUUUGGUUGGUUGGAUGGAUUAAUGCCGAAAGGCCGGCGUUGGAUCUGUUUGUGGAUUAGAUUUGUGACCAUGAUAGGGGUUGGUCCCCUUUGCUCAGUUGGCCCAAGCUAUGGGUCAAACCUUUCGUCCCAAUCCCUUUAGCCUUGAGGUCAUUACUAUAAAAAAUCCAAGUUUCAUAAUCCAAAAAGAAGGAUUUUCGUGUAUUAAUCCUUGUAUUGAUAAUAUGGACAGUACGACGUUAUCUCAAUUUCUGUUGAAUACGAUAGUAGUAUCAAUUUAUCUAAGAUUGCAGAGUUACAUCACUAUCAAUCAAAUUAUACAAAUUCUCAUGGCCAACUCUAAAGAGUUUGCACCACGGUUAUCUCUGAUGGCUCGUUUAUGCAACCAUUAGGGUCACCGGCGAAAGGACGUGUGCUUUAGAGGUUAACAUGUUCAAUUAUUGGGGGGGGGGGGGGGGGGGGGGGGGGGGGGGGGGGGCUCACAAUGAGCACGAGAAAAUGUGCAAACACCAGAGUAGAGCUAUCAAUUGCACACAAGCGUUUGAAGUUCGCACGUGAAGCGAGAAUAUCAUCGUAUUUCUAUGUGGAAUGAUUCUACAACACCGGCAGCUUUCCCCCUUCGAUAGUGGAGGACCCAAGACAACCAGCAUUCCAGCAUCAACCUUUCAAUUUUCAAAUAUGAGUUUUGUUAAUUAUAGACUGUGAGAUCACUUUAUAUCAAGUGUAAAUGGAGGUUAAUUCUCAUGUUGAUUGUGCAGCUAAAUAAUAAGUGUAAUUAUGUGUCGUUAAAAACUUAUAUUUUUAGUCUUGUGGAUUUAGAUAUAGAUGUUCAUCCUUGUAUGAUUAUAUUGGUUAUUUCCUAUCACACAUGACAAUCAGUAAUAUAUAUAUUAUAUAUAUUCCAAACAACGGGAAAGCGUGUUUUGUGAUGUAGGUUGCCGGCAAAGUUUAGGGGCCCAUGGCCGAUUCAUCAGCAUUAUCAUUGGGCCCACAGUCCACUGAUCCAAAGUCCACAGACGGCUGGCUGCUGGACGAACGGGCCCACUCCUUUUUAGCAUAGAAUUAAACACGCGGCUUCUUCUUUUUUUAAGGUGUUUAAAAAUUUGUCCAUUCCUGGGAAGCACCAAAUAUAUCUCUUCCCAAUCGCCAAUCAAAUCCAACCUCUUUAUUUCAGCCCACUGUUUUGGAGAACGACGGUAAUGGUAUUGCAACAUCCACGUACGCACAUCAACUUCUCACAAACAGUCCAGGAAAGAUUCGUUAAAGGUGUAAAAUCUCUCCGAUUCAUGAACUAAGCUUCAAUUGUUUCAUACCGCGAAAAUAUAAAUCAACUUAAAUUUUGAUAGAUGAUUUUAGUUUAUACCAUUUUUUGCUCCAGACACACGAAUAAUAAUUACUCACCGGUUAGGGAUAACUGUUUGGGCGUACCAGUUGGGCGGCACCGACAACAAUCCCAAAUGGUGCCUCACUACUUAAGUUAGUCUACACAUGCUCGACUUCUUGGUUUAGCGUCACUAGUAACAGUCUAACAAUUUUUUUCGAUUGAACAAUCGAUAUGAUACGGUUUUAUAAACAACCACAUUAAGGAAACGCAAUUGAGUGCCCCAAACGUGGAUUGGGCUAGGGCUAUAUAUUAAGUCAAACAAUUUGUGUCACUAAUCCUCUUUUUUUUCAGGCACUGAAAUCGUAAUUUGUCUAAUUGAAUGUUGGGCCUGAUUAUUAUUAAAUAUUAUUCUUAAAAAAAACAAAAGCAAACAACCAAAUCCCACUUUACUCAAUUCAAUAAUUAAAAUAAUAACGGCACGACCGAGUCGUCGUAAUUAUAACGCUGCCCCUGCCCGCCAUUAUCAAACACACGCGGACGCGGGAAAGCCAUCAAAGAGAUUGGCGGUAAAAUCAUAAAAUAAUUAAAACAGCCAAAAAAGAAGAAAGGACAGGUGUAGAAAGAUAAUUCACUCAGGAAAACGACAAGGUAAAAGAGCAACGCCGUGAAGGGGGCCUCCGCCGACGGUGGUUGCGGCGGUGCCGACAGAGGAGUUUUCCCCUGUACGUACGGGAUUGACAGCGUGAAACCCACAUGCCCAUCCCGUUUCCCUGACAGCAAGUUUUUUUAAAUUUUAUCAGAAAGGUAAAGCGGUGGUUGGAGACAAACACCGCCGCGAUGGAUCUGGAGGAGAGAGGGCCCCGGCGGUUAUGGUGUAAAUUUAAUGUCCGGCAACCGUGCGGCGCUGCCACGUGACAGACACGAAAUUAAAGUCGCCAUCUCUUUCUCUCUCUAUCUCCAAGCGGAAUCUGGAUUAUUUUGGGGACCACCGGAAGGAAAAUGGGGGGAGCGGUGGGGAGGCGGUCAAAUCGGUCGUUUUGUGUCUUAAAUUGGAGGUGAGUUUUGAAAUGACGGGGGCGGCUGGGGUGUCGGCUUCGGCUGAGCCGGCCCGGCGGAGCUUUCCCACCGGCGAUGGCUCGGCUUGGCUCUUGAAUUGAUGGUUCUAUGUAGAGUUGUUAACCCGAUUUAAGUCAUUAAGUCGGUUGAUGAAGUGGUUUGAAGUUUAAUAGAGGUUAAUUCUGUUUGAAUUUCUUACCGAAUAACAAAAAUUUACCUGAUAUAAAGAUUUAUUAUAUGCUCACAUUCUAUGAAAAGAAUCUUAUACAACCUCCUAAAUCCUAAUCCACCCACCAUUCCUCUCCCCCCUCACACAUUCCCUCUUCCUUCUUUCCUCUCUUUAACGAUCGAUUCGCUGAAUUUCUGAAAUUCAUUUAAGAGUACAAUUUGGUUGGAUCUCAUCGAUCGAUCGGUAGUAGUUUAACAACCUUGUUUUUAUAUUUCAGAAUUAGAAGUUUUCAAUUUUAUAGUUUGUAAUUGGGCUUGAAUCCCAUUAAGCAAAUGGUAAUAAAAGACUGAAAAAUUGGUUAAUUCUAGGGGUGGCAGUUCGGUUAUUUUGGUUAUAACCGGUAACCGAUCGGUCAGUUAUCGGUUAAUCAAAAUAAUCACUCUCCCUAUCAAAAACCGCGUAAAAUAGACUUUGGUUAUCUCAGUUAUCGGUUAACCGAACCACUUUUAAGAUAAAAACCAUUUAGUCCAGCCUCCAAUAACCGACCGAAGCUCGAUUACUUUGAUUACCGGUUGUCAAUUUAACCAAUCGGUUAAAUUACCAGGUUAACCGAUAACCGGUAACCGAACUCCCACUGCUGGUAAUUCCACUAAGGAAACGGAUAAGCACAAGGCUUCUGCUAACAAUUAUGGCCGAGAGAGUCCAAAGACCAGACUCACCGCCGCAUGAUACUGACGACCUACCGUGGGAGAGAGAGAGAGACGUGGAAGCGCCGCCGCCGUUCGCCGACAAAAUACACGGGGUUCCGGUACAAGAGCACUAGCCAACAAACAUAAAAAGUAGCCAACAGUCAGAAUACCCCCACUCAAAAGCACUGCCCUUUUUCUUCCUUAGUUCCUUUUGACAGAUUCCAUUGAAACCCUAAUUGGACCGCCGCUUGCCGCAGUCAAAUCCGGCUGCAGCCGCCGAGCCACUUCACCGGCCGGCAGGACAUACAUAGGUAUAUUAAUUAACUAAUAUAUUAAAUUUGUGUGGGCAGGUGGUGCCGCGACAGCUUCAUUACAUGGUUGUCAUGCUCGUGACAUGCCACCCGGUUGAAUCUGAUUCAACUAGUGCCGGUCAUGAAACCGGCAUGACACCACCGAUAUGACUGGUAUGAUCGACUUACGCAUUCUAAGUAAAAUGACAUUAUUUUA